AUGUCUUCGCGAUAUCCCCAAAGAGAUAGAGAUCAGCCCGCUCUGGGCAAGUUGGACAACACUAUUUCAAGUGAUGAUGACGACAAGCCAUUGAUACGUAGACGAAGAUCAAGGAGGAAAGAGUUGACAACGGGGACACAAUCUCUCGCGAGAGAAAGACAUCUAAUUAUUGGAGUUCGCAUUGGCAGCGCACCAGAAGAAUUCUUGAUUCAUCCGCAUUUCCUCAUCAAAGAGUCGAAAUUGUUUAACACGCGUCUGCAAUCUCCUUCGACGAAAACAUUGGAGCUCGCGGAUGUCCAGCCUGAUCUGUUUUGCACCUUCGUCGACUGGCUUUAUCGUGAUUGCCUCCCGAGUCAGGAAAAUGAGGCGGACCCGACUCAAUACCAAUAA